AUGGCUUCUGGUUCAUCCAGAGCAGGGGACAGUGAAGAAGAAAGCACCCACCACACUGUUCUGCAGCAUCAGUUAGAUCCCAGGCACCUGGGCUGUGGACCCACCAGCUGUGGAGGUGGCACGGCCCAAUCCUGGCCUAAGCAAGGAAGGUUUGGAGAUGCUGAGGCUGUUGGCUACCGAAGGCAGCUCAGAAAAGGCAAUUUCCAGCCAAAACAGCAUUUGGAGCAUUUAGUGGAGAAGCUGAAGCUCUUGGGUCUGGAAGGAGGCAGCGGGGAGCGGGAACAUCUCUGCUCCUGGCGCAAGAGGAUGUUGGCCUCCAAGGGGGUUGGAAAACCACCUGGCUUCAGCUGUGGUGGGCCAAGGAAUUGUGGAGGUCCUGCUGCAACCCAUGAAGAGGAAUCGGCCCAUGAGGACAAGGAGCAAAUACGCUGUGACCUGGAGAAGCUCAAGAAACAAAGGGAAGCGAUUUUGGAGCUGAAGAUGAGUGGCGAGAGACGAUGCCAAGACUAUUUGACACAGACUGAGGUCGAGAGGCAGAAGAUAGUGUCGGAAUUCCGGCAGCUGCGCCGGUUUCUGAAGGAUCAGGAGCUCAUCCUCUUGGUUCAGCUGGGAGAGCUGGACAGAGAGAUGAUAAGGAGGCAGGAGGAAGAGGACACCAAGAUGAUGCCCAAGGCGCUGUGGACAGAAACAUUUGCAUCCAGGUGGGAGAUAAGCAGCACCCAGAAGACAACGGAGACCUUCUUGGACCUGGAGCAGAGGCUCAGCGUCAUUUCUCAACAAACCAAGGUCCUCGGAGAGACGCUGGGGAGAUUCCAAGACACGUUGCCAUCUGAACUGGAGCAAGAGCAAGGACCGUCUCCAGGAGGAGAUGGAGAAGCGUUCAUCACUCUGGACCCCGACACCACCAACGCCCAUCUUGUCCUGUCGCGGAACCGACGUGGGGUGCGAUGGAGGGACGCAGGCCAGGAGGUGCCCCCCACCCCACAGCGAUUCGACGUCUCCUGCUGCGUCCUGGGCUGCCGGGGCUUCACCACGGGGAAGCAUUCCUGGGUGGUGGAGGUGGUCGGAAGCAGGACCUGGGCGCUUGGGGUGGCCCGGUUCUCUGUGCCAAGGAAGACAUGGCUUGAGUUUCAGCCGGAGAAGGGGAUUUGGGCGCUGGGGCGGUGCGGGAAUCGGUACCACGCCUUCACCUCCCCCAUCACCACCUUCCCCGUCACUGGGAAAACUGGGAGGGUGCGGGUGGCUCUGGAUUAUGGAGCAGGGCGAGUGGCAUUUUACCUCAACGGGCGCGAGGUCCCCAUCUUCACCUUCCAAAAAGCCUCGUUUGGAGGGGAAAGCAUCUUCCCAUUCUUCUGGCUGGGGAGAGGAACCCACUUCCGUCUCUGCCCGUGAGCUCUCUUUGCCCUCACCCCCUCCUGAUUCCGGGUGGUUUUGCUGCUCUUUGUCCACCCUUUUCCAUCUUUUAUUUUUAAUGAUGUUACCCAGGAAUCUCUUCCAGCAGAACGUGCUCCAAAACCAAAACAACUGGAAUUUUCAUUCCUUGUUUAAUGUCAUCCAGAUGUUCCUGGGGCUGUGGGAAGGGCCAAGCCUUGGAUGCAGCUCCAGGAUGGCUCCAGGCAGGAAGUGGGGUCACAUCCCAGGACUUUUCCCUGCUCCAUCCUUCCCCAUAGGAUCAGGCAUGGCCGCUGUGUGACAGCAAAGGGGAGCUGGGGUGGGAAACCAGGGAGUUGUCCUAUGAUCCCUUCCUUACUUGGGAUGCAGGGAUUUGCCCCCCAAGACAUGGGGUCUGGAAGAGGACUUCUAAUGUGUUUAAACCCCUCCUCUCGUGAUGGUGGUGGUUGGGUGGGAGAUGCCUCCAUCCAUGCGAAGAAGAUGAGCCAAGACAUCGUUGACCUUGUUGAAUCCAAAGUGACGUGGAACUUCUAUAGCAUUUAACCCCAUGGGGUACCCACCACCCAUGGUGGUGGUGGUGAAGACGAUGAGCCAAGGCAUCGCCUCAUUGACCUUGUGGAGUCCAAAGUGACACGGGACCAACCCAACCUUGUCACCUCAAACCACCGGUGCGGUCACUUGUGUCCUCAGCCGAGGAGUGAGUGGGAAGGGACGGAAAGGGCACAAAUCCCUUCCGGAGAAUUAACGAGCAGGGGAAAACUCAUUAAUUAAUUAAACCAAAGAUUUCCCCCCCCCCCCAAAUCCCAGCUCAGGGAGUAUCGGUGCUCCUCGGAGCCCUCAUCCCAAGUGUGUCCCCCAGUUUCAGGUGCCCCCCCCCUUCUCCUCCUC